UAAUACUCCCGCUCCAGACGCUAUGGGGAAAGGGGCUGCUGGCACCUUAGAGUCUCCAGCCAUGAGCCGGCCUUAAAUAGGGAGGGGUUCCUUUAAGGGAGAGGGACUUUUCCCCACGCGACAAAAAGUAACUCCCAACUGGGAGGGGGUUCUCUCCGAGUGGCAUGCAGGAGCGGAUCGAUGAGGACCCGGCCAACCGGCUGCGGGAGCAUCGGGACCCCCUUUGGGGAUCGGAGGAGGAGGAUUCCGACAGGAGGGAGGCGGCAGCCUGGGGAAACAGGAUUCCUGGUCGUGGGUGGACCCAGUGGAAAAGGACGUGCGAAGCCUGUACAGAAUGGAGCAGGCCGGCCAACAGGGCCGGGGGGCGGCGGGUCCUGAGGAGAGACCGGAGGCCGCGGGUCCCGAGGAGGGACGGGAGGCUGCGGGUCCGGAGGAGGUGCGGGAGGCGGCAGAGCAGGGACCUGGGGACGGCUUGAGCCGAGAGGAGGGGGCCAGCGUGGAGCCAGCCGGGCCGGGGGGCGGGGAGAUGGCGGUCUCCGAGGGUGGGGCGCCGGCCGGUCUUGCGGUCUGGAGGCGGGGAAAGAGGCGUGGAAACAGGGACGGAGCGAAGGGGAAAGGAAAGCUGCCAGAGGGCAGGAGUGGAAAGGACCCUGACGAGCACCGGAAGGAGUGGCGGCUGCGGGAUCAGCUGCCGAGCAGGCACAGGGACAGGUGCCUAGAGAAGUACUGGGAGAGCGCCCAGGAGCGCUACCGGGUGAGGGUGGGGAAGCGCAGGGCCAAGCGCGCGAAGCAGGUUGUGGGGGACCGGGUCGAGUGGAAGUACCCGCUGGAGAGGAAGGCCGGCUGGCUGUGGCGCCCAGAGACGGUGGAGUCCGAGGAGGAGGAGGAGGAGGAGGAGAAGGAGAAAGAGGAGGAGGAGGAGGAGGAGGAGAAGGAGGCCUGCAGAAGGAAGAGCAGCCCCUUAGAAGUCCGGCAGCAGCAAAUCCGGCGGCCCACAGUCAGAUUCAGCACCUGCCUCAGAUCUCCACGCCUGUCUCAGCUGCCCCUCUCCUGCACCAGUGUCAUUAACCAGCUGGCGAAGAUGGGCGACCCGGAUCUCCUCGAAGUGUUAGCGGAGGAAGGGGAAAAAGUCAAUAAGCAUAUAGACUACUCUUUCCAAAUGAGUGAGCAGAGCCUGAGCAGCAGAGAGACCAGCUUUCUCAUCAAUGAAGAAACAAUGCCUGCAAAGCGAUUCAAUUUGUUCCUGAGGCGGCGGCUUAUGUUUCAAAAAAAUCAGCAAAGCAAAGAUUCUAUCUUCUUCCGAGAUGGGAUUAGGCAAAUUGAUUUUGUGCUUUCCUACGUUGAUGACAUAAAGAAAGAUGCAGAGUUAAAGGCGGAAAGAAGAAAAGAGUUUGAAAAUAAUCUCAGAAAAACAGGUCUUGAGUUGGAAAUAGAAGACAAAAGGGACUCUGAAGAUGGAAGAACUUAUUUUGUCAAGAUCCAUGCCCCUUGGGAGGUAUUAGUUACCUAUGCUGAAGUCUUGGGAAUCAAAAUGCCUAUUAAGGAGAGUGAUAUUCCCCGCCCUAAGCACACUCCUAUGAGCUAUGUGCUUGGACCUGUAAGACUCCCAGUGAGUGUGAAGUAUCCCCAUCCUGAAUAUUUUACUGCACAAUUCAGCAGACAUCGGCAGGAGCUCUUCCUCAUCGAAGAUCAGGCAACCUUCUUUCCAUCCUCAUCAAGAAACAGAAUUGUGUACUAUAUUCUCUCAAGAUGUCCUUUCGGCAUAGAAGAUGGGAAGAAAAGGUUUGGGAUUGAAAGACUGCUAAACUCUAACACUUAUUCAUCUGCCUAUCCACUCCACGAUGGCCAAUAUUGGAAGCCAUCAGAACCUCCCAAUCCUACCAAUGAAAGAUACACACUUCACCAGAAUUGGGCUCGAUUUUCCUAUUUCUACAAGGAGCAGCCUUUGGACUUGAUUAAGAAUUAUUAUGGAGAAAAAAUUGGUAUCUAUUUUGUCUUUCUUGGAUUUUACACAGAAAUGCUAUUCUUUGCAGCUGUAGUUGGCUUAGCUUGUUUUAUUUAUGGUUUAUUAUCAAUGGAACAUAACACAAGCAGCACUGAAAUCUGUGACCCUGAAAUUGGUGGUCAGAUGAUCAUGUGCCCACUCUGUGAUCAAGUGUGUGAUUAUUGGAGACUAAAUAGUACGUGUUUGGCUUCAAAGUUCUCCCAUUUGUUUGAUAAUGAGUCAACAGUGUUCUUUGCAAUAUUCAUGGGAAUUUGGGUCACCUUAUUUUUGGAGUUUUGGAAACAACGACAAGCCAGACUGGAAUGUGAAUGGGACCUGGUGGACUUUGAAGAGGAACAGCAGCAGCUCCAGCUGAGACCAGAAUUUGAAGCUAUGUGUAAACACAGGAAAUUGAAUGCAGUGACUAAGGAGAUGGAACCUUACAUGCCUCUAUACGCACGUAUUCCAUGGUACUUUCUUUCAGGAGCCACAGUGACAUUAUGGAUGUCUCUUGUCGUCACCAGUAUGGUAGCUGUAAUUGUGUACCGCCUGUCAGUCUUUGCUACAUUUGCUAGUUUCAUGGAAAGUGAUGCAUCCUUAAAGCAGGUCAAAAGCUUCCUUACUCCUCAGAUAACCACAUCACUCACAGGAUCAUGCCUGAACUUUAUUGUCAUCUUGAUCUUGAAUUUCUUUUAUGAAAAGAUAUCUGCCUGGAUCACAAAAAUGGAAAUUCCUCGAACAUACCAGGAGUAUGAGAGCAGUCUUACCUUGAAAAUGUUCCUGUUUCAGUUUGUAAAUUUUUACUCAUCCUGCUUCUACGUAGCUUUCUUUAAAGGGAAGUUCGUAGGCUAUCCCGGAAAAUACACAUAUUUAUUUAAUAAGUGGCGAAGUGAAGAGUGUGAUCCUGGAGGCUGUCUUAUAGAAUUAACAACCCAAUUGACCAUUAUAAUGACCGGGAAACAGAUUUUUGGAAACAUUAAAGAAGCCAUUUAUCCCUUGGCUUUGAAUUGGUGGAGACGCCGAAAAGCUCGGACAAACUCUGAGAAGCUGUAUAGUCGAUGGGAGCAGGAUCAUGACCUUGAAAGUUUUGGACCCCUUGGGCUUUUCUAUGAGUACUUAGAAACAGUUAUUCAAUUUGGAUUUGUUACACUAUUUGUGGCCUCUUUUCCUUUGGCUCCUCUUCUUGCUCUCAUAAAUAAUAUUGUAGAGAUUCGAGUGGAUGCCUGGAAACUUACCACUCAAUACAGGAGAACUGUAGCUUCUAAAGCUCAUAGCAUAGGUGUUUGGCAAGACAUUCUUUAUGGAAUGGCUGUCCUUUCUGUUGCAACUAAUGCCUUUAUUGUUGCAUUUACGUCGGACAUCAUUCCCCGUCUAGUUUACUACUAUGCUUACUCAACAAAUGCCACACAGCCUAUGACAGGAUAUGUGAAUAAUAGCCUGUCAGUAUUCCUGAUAGCUGAUUUUCCAAACCACACUGCACCUUCGGAAAAACGAGACUUCAUCACUUGCAGGUACAGAGAUUACAGAUAUCCUCCUGAUGAUGAGAAUAAAUAUUUUCAUAAUAUGCAAUUCUGGCAUGUCCUUGCUGCUAAGAUGACCUUCAUCAUUGUUAUGGAACAUGUUGUAUUUUUAGUUAAAUUUUUGCUGGCCUGGAUGAUACCUGAUGUUCCAAAAGAUGUUGUGGAGAGAAUCAAGCGAGAAAAGUUAAUGACUAUCAAGAUUCUCCAUGAUUUUGAGCUCAACAAAUUAAAAGAGAACUUGGGAAUUAAUUCUAAUGAAUUUGCCAAGCAUUUCAUGAUUGAGCAAAACAAAGCACAGCUGGCUAAAUCAACAAUCUAAUCAGCAUAAUGAGGAAGCAGCAGGUGGCCUGCCUUACUUCACUUUAUCCUCUGGGUUUAGGGCCAGACCCCAGAAGCCAUGUGUCAAUUUUACCCUUUCUUUUUUUUUUUUUUCUUUUUUUUUUAAACUCAAAGUUUUUAUACACUUUUAUACAGGCCAACUUUGUGAUGUUGGAAAUGUACUACUUCUCUGCUUCAUUGACUGGGCCCUCUCCAGAUGUUGUUUUCUGAGGUGCUGUAAAUGACUGUUGAAAGUGCAGGUAGAAUCAGAAUACUGGGAAAUUAUGGAGUCUUGCAGUUUAGUAAGAAACACUGGCCUUGGGCUGUCCCAUCACUUUCCAGUGCAUCUAUUUAUUUUUAUGGUCUUCUCUUGGGUUAUUUGAUACCUCCUUCACCAUUAAGAAAAAUGUUGGGGCAAAAAGAAAGGGAUCAAAGAAACUGACUGAGCCCUAUAUAUCCUAUCAUUUUAAAAUAUGCAAAUGAAUUGCCAAGAUCAGAUGACAUAAGAAAACUCACAUAUUAAGGUGUUAAUGUAUCAUAGCAGAGGUUUAUUCCUGACACAUUCAACUACCAUCAGAAUCCCAGAUAGUUCUUCCUGGUAAAUGCAGAAUUCCUUUUCUCGAGACUGAAAUUUUGGGUUUCAACAUAAAACAACUUGGUUCUUAGAGAUAAUAAUUUGGUUAUAAUAGUUUCAAGACUGAUCUUAUCUGGAAAACAACAUUAUGAAGCUGUUAGAUUGCUUCAGGUUCUCAAGCAAAGAUACAAUAGAGAAGUAAAUGUGUUUUCUUAGUAGUUAAUGGAUGCAAGACAAUGUAUAUUGAUUAAUUUGUUGGUUUUAAUUUAGAAAAUUGUUAAAUUAUUUCUUAAAAAUCACUUUUCUUCUGGAAUGCCAAUUUCGCAUCAUGAAGCCUUUUUGUAUAAGUUAGGUACAAGUUGUUUAUGAUAAACAUUUCUUUGCUUUAAAAUAAUUGCAAAUCUUUUAAUAAGUUUACAACCUUUUCUAUUGAUGUGUCAUCUUAUACAAUGCUCAGUGCCUUGUUCCAAUACCUCUGACAUACAAGAAGUCAUGUUGUUAGCUAGUGAUUUGAUGUGAUGUAACCUCUUAAAUGUAAGCUAGUCUUAAAGAAAUUGUCAGUGUAAUAACAACCACAGUCUUGAACACUGAAAGUGAAUCAACCAACUAAGAAUGAGUUCAUGGACUUAAUAAUCUAAGGGGGAAAAAAUGUUUGUUGAAUUAUUCCUCUCAAAUUUAGGCUUGUGUUACAUCCACAAAAAUCCUUGUUCUUUUUUCACUUAAAAAAAAAACUAUGUACAAAUUUGUGUAUCUAUAUACACACAUAUCUAUAUAUAUGUAAUUAUUAGCACUAGAGGGAUAUAGUCCAGUUAUGUAGUAUUGGAAUCUCUAGUUUCAAAUUAUAAUUCAUCUCCAAAAGAAUAUUGUUUUUUAAUCACAUACAUAAGAAAUUUUAUCACAAUAUUUAAAACUAAUAUUUCAUUAUCUAAUGCUAAUAAAUUAUUGUGGUACUGCCAGUAUUAAAUAUAUGGCAGAUGGUAUUAACUACUGAUCAAUAGUAAGCAUAUAGAACUGGGGAUUAUGGAUUUAUAAACUAUGAGAUGGUCACCCCAGUUUGGACUGGGACUAAUCCCCAGUACUGAUUUGUCAUCCACUGAGUAGACUUUAUGAAUAUUUUUGGGUAAUUUGAAAUGAUCUCAUUAUUGAAAGAUGAUUUCAUAUGUAGAGGAGAUAAUAUUUCUUUCUUGAAAAGACAAAUCAGGAUUACCAUGAUGUGUGCCACCAACGCAGGAUCUUUGGCUUGUCAAAUCAGAUUCUCCGUUGCUACAGUGUACAGUGCACACGCUCAUAUUGCUUCCUUCCUGGGUGCUGAUAAAAAUAAGAAAGAGCAUGAAAAUUGGUUUCUUGAAUAUAAGCUUUAAUUUUUAAGGCUUAAAAGUAUUCAUAGAGGUAGACUGUAUGAUAAAUAAAGACAAAUUUAAUUCACAAAGUUAUCUGUACAUUGCAGUUUUAAAAUAUACCAACUAAAUUAUUGGGUUUCUGGAAGUGAAUGGAGAAAACAGCAAGGCAAGAAAUCAUUUUUAAGAUAAGUAAAUAAUUCCCAUAAUUGAUAGAUAUUUUCCUUUUAAAAUGUUAUGGACUGAUAUUUUUUAUUCACCUUUAAAUUUCUUACCAAGAAGUUUAUCUUUGUUUUUCAGAUUUAAAAAUGAAAUACAGGUAUUCCUCACUUUCCUGAAAGCAUGCUAACCAAAAUCAGGAGCCAAACCAAUUCAGACAGAUGUGUCUCAUCUAAUUAAACCCAUUGGUUUUUAUGGGAGGGCUGCAUUAAGAGCGCCCAACCACCACAUAUAAGUUGAUAAUUACCAGCAUGGCAGGUGAUUUUAUCCGCUGACCAAGCGCAUAGUUUUGUUUUGUUUUCAGAAUGUUCUAGAGAACAUUUGAGAUUUUAUGUGAAAUAAAAUUUUAAGUGCCAAAGCCAAAAAAUACUUAACUCUUUUCAAAUGCCCUCUUUCAUCCUUGCCUUCAUCAACUUUCCUUUGCACACAGGAAGCAAACCUACUUCAAAACAUUUAUUUUAGAGGAAUCCAUUAAGAAGGGAUUGUUUUACUUAAAUGAAAUGCUGUCUUAUAUUUGCUGUGUCUUUUGACAUCUCUUAGCUUUAACAUUCUUCUUUUAACCAAGCCAUUAUGCAAGUUAUCAAAGAAGAGGAGAAGGAAAGGAGGACAGAUGAAAGUGACGGGAGAUGAGAAAGAGGAGGUGUGAGGAAAGAGUUAUUUCCUUAUGAAUUCUGGGUGUGUUUCUUUGGAAGAAAGAGCUGUUCCGAGGAAGCUUGGUCCAGCUGUGGCUGAUAAGAGGUCUAUCUCUUAAAAAAGACACCUAAUGAAAGUGAGAGAAGAGCUAAAGAAAAUUUCAAUGUGACCACUAUUAUGUGUCAAAAUAAAACUUAGAUUCCAAAGUGAUUUUGUAGUGUUGGGCGCUAUAAGUAGGUAUGGAUCUUUGUUGAUUGACUCCAGUUGAAGGUGAGAAAUCUGUACCAAUCAUUCAAAAAGGGAAUCUAUUGUUUUGAAAGAAACUCUGUUAUAUUUCCUUUAAAUUGUUAAUAGUUGUUAUGUAACUAAAGAAUGUUAUGAAGAAAAAUAGCAUUGCAAAAAGUACCACUGGGAGGCUUACAAGUCAGCCACAAUGAAUCGGUAUAACUACUGUGUUAUUCUUUUUCUAGACAAAUUUUGACUCUUCUACUUUUAUGUAUAAUAAUUCCAGCAUUCUAUUUAUUUCAGCAUUAUGUGAAAAAUGAUGAGAAUGUUAAAAAGAAAAUAAUAGUGUGGUUUAAUUGGUAUGAGAUACCUGCUUCCUUCUCCUCAAAGGUUUGACUGGGUGUAUCUCUCCUAUGUGUGAGAUUAUGUCCCCUGGUGUUAACAGAGGAAAUGAGUGCUCCUUUUUAAAAUUUCUUUCUUCCAAGUUUUUUUUUCCAGGAAGAAUAAUAUGCAGUUAUGCAGGAAAAGCUGUCUUAAAUAAUGUGUACAUAAAUCUCAAGAGAAUCAAAUUUACAGAGUGAAUAAAGUAAUACUUAAACUA